AGGAUCUGAAUACUCAUUUCCAAACACGCUCAGUCAGACAUGGGCAAACAGGUACAAUACCUAGAUGGCUUGGAUGAUAUCAGCAGAAAACAGUCAAGCUAAGAUUCUUUGGACACGCUUUUAACAGGGGAAAGAGGGAAGGAAGGUCGUUUCAGGAGCUCACACACACAGCUGGAGAAGACUGUGCAUCAAACCACUAUAUCCCACCCGCAGCCAUGCCCCCAACCCUCCCCUCCUCCCAGUACCUGCGGCAGCUUGGGAUCGUUGAUAUCCCAGAAAGGAAGACAACGAAGAACGGAGUAGAGAUAAGCAGUAACAUGGCAGCCCACGCAGAGGACUAUCUUGAAUCUCUGCUAAUUGAUGCCUUUAAGGGAAAGGGGUACCAGAAGAUAAGUGACCUGCUGCAAGAGACAGAAACAGACACGCUGCAGAAGUACAGCAACUCUCUCCUUAGCCAGCUCGACAAAGCGCUGAGAAGGGAGCUGGACAGGAAUGAUUUCCACAAUGUGUCCCUGCUGCUGAAGUGUAUGCAGCUCUACUUCAAGAGUGAUCUCCAACAAGGGACCAGCUUGUUUGUUGAGCAAGGACUCAUAGAAAAGAUGGUAUCUUGGUUUGAAAGAGCGAGAACAUUUGUGAUCCUCAUUGACCCAACUGAAAACAGUUUUUUGAUGGUACUUCUGGAAGACUUCUUUGACUUUGCCCUGGCGAUUUGCAGAUGCAGUAAUGAAGGGAAGAAGCAGCUGGUGGACUCGUUUCUGCCUGAGCUAGGGCGUCUGGUGACAGAAACAAGCAUUUGCUGUGCUCUGCGGCAGGAGGCUUUGAGGACUCUCAACUGUAUACUUGACAGCAUCCCACGUGAGGGCAGAAAGAAACUCCCGCUGUCGGAGGAGGUGUGUUUCCUUACGAAGGAUCUUGCAAAAACAAUGCUGGAGGCUGGUGAUUAUGACCUUCAGGUUGCCCUUUCAGAAGCACUCUGUAGGCUAACAAUAAAAAAAUGGAGAGAUGACCUUGUUAACCACUGGUUUGAAGAUAAAUAUCUUGCUGAAGCUUUCAAAGAGAUCAAGGAUAAAGAAUUUGAGACGGACUGCAGAAAAUUUCUUAACCAGCUAAAUGAAAGGCUUGGGGAUAAAAGAAGAGUCUAUUCACUUCCUUGCCUGUCUGCUUUUGCUGACGUGAACCAGGUGAAGAAGCCAUCAGAUGAGAAGCUGGACAAGUUCUGGAUUGACUUCAACACUGGUAGUCACAGUGUGACUUUCUACAUAGAUAGUACCGAGGGUGUUCUCUGGGACUCUGUAAGGCUGCAGAAAGAAGCAGUCAGCUGUUACAGUCUAAAGGAGGAUGGUGGAGAAAAGAUAGUCAGAAUUUACAUGAAGAUACCUGUUACUCUUAACAAAACAGAAGCAACAAAAAUCAAGUUACAUUUCAGUGCUGAGUAUGAAAUCUUAAGUAUACUUAAAAAAGUCCUUGGAGAUGAAAAAAUGAUGACAAAUGUGGGUGAAGAGGAGUCCAUCCACACUGGGAAGCAAACCAGGCAGAAUGAAGAAGUAACACCUCAGUCCAGUGAUCUACAGAAGAGGAAAGAUCCUGAAAACUCUGAAAAUGUGGAACCCAUACCAGGAAACUUGAUUUCACAACACAAAGAGCAGUUAGUGGGCACUGUGGCACAGAAAACACCUAACUCUGAUGUCACCGUGAUUGCAGUGAAUCAGCAGUCUGGCCUGGAUGAAGCUGACCAAGGCUCAGCAAACAAGCCCAGAACUCUAUCUCCAAGGAUGGAUGUGAAGUCUAGUGAGAAGCCCCAGGAAGAGAAACUCAUGGAGGCAUCAGUGCCCAAGAAGGUUGGUACCUUUGAAAGGAGAACCAGAUCAAAAGGUUUGGUCAAGCAGAAGACUGGAGGCAGGAAGGACUCCUACGACUUUGAGGUUUCAGACUCUGCAAGUCAUGAGACGGUUGCUGAAGCCAAAGGGAAGGUUUUGGGGAUGAAAAGUUAUUCACAAAAUCAGAGUUAUAGAAUGCAUCUCUUCUCUGAAAGCAACAAUGAAAAAACAAGCAACAGUGAGAGUGAGAAAAGCUGGAUUCUCAACUCCCAGAAAGCGUCAGUGCCAAAAUCUCUCAACUACACCCGAAAAAGGCACAGGAUGAGAAGGAAAUUAAAAGUACUUCCAGUUUCAUCUCCAAGCAGCAGCAAUGAAAACCAGGUGGAAGAGCGGGGAGCAGCAAGACAAAAGGAUGAAAAGAAAACGUCAAGGAAAAAAAGUACAUCCACCUCCAAGAGAGAUGAUUUACCUACAGUGGAUCUUGCUGGUGAGGUCCCAUCAGAGGAGCCUGAAGGCACAUGGCAGCCGCCGGAUGUAUCAAUGGAGGAGCACUCUGUGGAGGAGGCAGCGACACAGAAGUUUCACAAUGUGUCUGGUGAAAAAACAAGAGAAGAAGAAAGAUUUAAGCGGAAGGAUUCAGAUGCAUUAAGUGGCACCGUUGUGAAGAAACCCAGGAUUUUCAGUUGGGAAACAAACCACUUGUCCUCCGAGUCACCCUUGAAUCCAAAAAAACCUCUGUAUUCAGUUGAGGAGGAAGAAGAGAUCAAAAGAGGUCAGGAAACCAUUGAUGUGAAUACUGCGUUUCUUCCCAAGAUGCAGCAUAAAGAUAUUGGUGAUUCAGGAGUGAUUGCUGUAUUUGAAAGCUUUACCAACCAGCUAAAGCAACUGUUCUGGUCCAGGUACAAAGAGAUGGAGAUGUCUGCACAGAACACGCUGAAGACUUCUGAGAAGAAUGUUUCUGCUCUGCUGAAAGAGAUUCACAAGUGCAGACUGAACAAGCUGGAAGACUUCAAGCAGAUUGUUGUGGAGGAGCUUGCCAGCCUCGAGAAAGAUACUCAGAUCUUGAGGAGCAUGGAGAAGGAUGCGGUGGAUUUCUGGAAUGCACAGUUGUACAAACUGAAUUCUUUCUGCAACCAGCAGAAGCAAAGAAUUCAGUCUGUUGACUCAGCCCUGGGUGAGACAGCUGAGAAUUUUUCUAGUACAACUGUCAACACCACACACAAUGACUCAAUGAAGAGUGUAGUAGAGAACGGUGUGUUUGUUGUUCCCUCUGACUAGCAGCCCUCUGAUUCACUGGAGAUUCCAGUGUUUAAAAAUCCAGAGAAGAUGGUCCUGUGAAGGAGAUGUUAGUCUAUUCUAAAUGGAAAGAAAGAUGAAGACAGUGAUAAUAACAUUGAUAAUGAGUUUUUUGUUGUCGUUUUGUUUAAAAACAACGUAUGCUUGUUGAAUUGUUUAGUUUUGACCUGUGUCCAAAACACUGUUCCUGCAAAACUGUAAGAUAGGCUCAUUAAAUACCAAAGAAACAGCAAAUGGACUGAGUAUAAUGACUUAACCAACAAACUGAUGCACGUUGGCUGCUCAGCUCUGGAUUGUAGAGAAGAAAACAUGAAGGGAUCUACUGGAUGUUGGCUAUGUGCCUGGUGGCAUUCUGCAGACUAAAGGGCAAGAAACUUGGAGCACCACAGACAUACAGGCAAGUGAAACUAGAGAAAUUACUUCUAGAACCAGUAAUUAUUGCUUGCUGUACUUUGUACUUUCCUGGAAGCUAAUGUUUAGGAUUAGAUAAGUAACACCAAAGGUCUCUUGAAAGCAGUAGGUAAACUGUGCAAUUUAACAUCAUCCUCUCUCUCAACAAGUUGGUUUCCUAAAUUGCAGUUGCUCUUCACAGCAUUAAAUGCAGCCUGUGACAAACUUCACUCGUGCUGCUGCAUCUUAAUCAAUGUGUGGGAAUGUGGCAUGGUCCCAAGCUUUGUUUCUACCUACUUGCCUUGUGAAACAGACAUUGGAUUGCUGUGUGAUUUGGAGUGAAGGGUAUCUCCCCUGCACGUAUUGUGCCCUCAUGGCUGCUAGGGUUGUUUCAUCACUAAAAGCCUUCAGGUAGAUGAGCCCGUUCCCUCUUAAUAAGACUGCAGUGUCAUGCCUGAAUUGAGAACAGUGAAAAUCCACAGCUGCCUUCGCCGAAACUGGAACACUUCCUGGAAGUAAUGCUUGUUCCUUUUGCUGAAGUAUUCCUGGCUGCGUGUGAGACAAGGCUGCGCUUCCAUCUGUGUCAAGGGGUGGCUGGUUCUUUCUUUCCAAGUUGAUUUAAAAGCAAAGACUUGUUCACUCCUGCUCUUCCCACAAAUCCAGAACUGGCCUGCCUUCUGCUAUUUGUAAUGUGUAAAAAAACUAGAGCUGCUAUUUUGUGACUGCUGGCUUGCCUUUAUUUCCCUGGGGGCUGUCCUUGGUUACCUGACUAUGCUGCAUCCUUCUGCUGCUCUGCAGGAUCUUAAUGGACUUUCAGUGACUGCUGCAUUUGUAACCUUGGACACACUACCUCCUUUGGGACAGAUGUUGCCUUGGCUGGCUUAAGCUUGUUCAUCUCCUGCUACAGCAUGCUCAUUACUUGAAGGGAAGGUCUGACACAGGAAUCACAGUGAGACAUGAAGGCUCUUCCUGACUUAAGGAUCCUUUUCUCUUUUCCCCCUCAAAUUAUAGUAACAGUGAAUGGCCAUUCAUUUCUGUGAUGAUUUGUGGUGGUUUUACUGCUCUCCAAGUUAAAGCAGCCAAGCAUUUAAGUUUGGUGAGCACAACGGAGUAGAUGUCCCAGGUUCUCUUUUGCCACAUGUCCCCACUGUUGGUGGAUGGUGAUAGAACACCAUUUUCACAUCACUUAUGACUGUAAGAAUAGUCACGUUUCUCAUGUAAUUAUCUGUAGUAGGGGAUUUAGAGGAAUAAAUUCAUAGUAUAUUUCUUGUUGAAUACCCAUGUAAUCCAUCAGUAAAAAGUUUGGAAGGUGUGUUGAGCAGUUCAGGUGGCUCGAAUAAAGGAGAAAUCAGCCUCUUUCACUGAA